GAAUGCAAUGUGCAGUUGGCCGGUUUUCCGACGAUCCGCAGCAACCAUCAUGGCAGGCCAAGUGCCACCGAGAGCAAGUACACUGCUCACUGCUCAAAUCGUGGUAGGCGGUUAAACAGGCAGGUCGUAUCUCAGCGCGCAAGUGUGUACGUUCUGCACGUUCGAGAAGGAAAAGAGUAGAGAGCGCUCGCCGAAUAUGUUGUUUUGGACCUCGCAUAGAUUCGAUUGUUUCGGAUAAUUGGAACCGCACGCGUACAGUCCAGUCGACUCUGUACGUAAACACGCAAUUUGUGAUUCAGUUUCCUAAAAAAAAAAAAACGUAAUAGUCGAAAGUGACAGUGCUUAGAAUCUCCGCCGAUCUUUACGUAUAUACUUGUGAUAUUUUUCUUUGAUUACGGAUGACAUUUAACUUAUCUGUGAUUGAGAACUAGGAACAUCAGUGAUCAUUCAAGUUGUGGAUUACGUCCAGAGUCUGUGAUUACCUCAACCAAACCUUCAAGGACUGAUAUGCACAAACCGCACCCACGGCGCCUAAAACCGUGAAACUGGAACAGAAUUUCCCCAAGAAGUCUGCCUUAAUUCGUCAAAAUUCUCCACCAAAAAAACCACCCAACGCAGAACGACACCAGUGUCGUAGAUGCAGGGGAGAUAGCGGAAUUUACGUCGCAGAGACCGGAACAGGACUCUGCGAGUAAACAGAGCAGUGGUGUACCGAACGGCAUAAUCAUUGGCGUAGAAAUUGCACCUUCCCAGUGCCCAAUGGGGGCAGAGACCUCCCCAGAGCAGCAGUACUCGCUGCGAUGGAACGACUUCCACUCCUCCAUACUGUCCUCCUUCAGGCAUCUGCGGGACGAGGAGGACUUCGUGGACGUCACCCUGGCCUGCGACGGUUGCUCUUUCACAGCCCACAAGGUCGUCCUGUCGGCCUGCAGCCCCUACUUCAGGAAUUUGUUGAAGGCGAACCCUUGCCAGCAUCCCAUCGUUAUUUUAAAAGACGUCCAACAGAAAGACAUGGAGAGUUUGUUAAGGUUUAUGUAUAAUGGUGAAGUGCACAUAGGUCAAGAACAGUUAACAGAUUUUUUAAAGACUGCACAAAUGUUACAAGUGAGAGGACUGGCGGAUGUGCCAGCUGGGGCGACAUCUGUAGGACAAAGACUGACCAGCACAACAACAGAAGAAAAAAUUUCGCCGAACACAUCUUCCUCACUACCGUGGUCCACAGAAAAGCGGGAUUUCGAAGAAAGAAGUUGUAUAUCUCCACCACCUGCCAAAAGGACGAAAAGUUCAGACAGAGGAGAAGCUACUCCAGACCGAGGAAGGAGCCCUUCAAGAGGUAAUGGUGAUAUGCAAGAGUCUUUGCUAGGACAAGCUUUGGAAGGUCCUACACCAAAAGAAAAGGUAAACUCAGAAUCUUCGAUGCAGGCCCACUCGACGGGAGAAGAAAGCAACAGCAGCGACACAGCCAUGAGUGAUCAUCAUGAUCCAAUCACCCCAAAGACUGAAAUUUCCGACUACCCUAUGUUAGACGACCACCACCCUUAUAACACUAAUGGAGGUUUAAUGGAUCAAAGCAGACCACCAUCGUUUCCUGGAGCACUUCUAGGAUUACAAGGAUUAGGAGGACUCUUGCCAGGACCUUCUGGAAUGCAUGGAAACCCAGAUAGUUUCGUUUCGAGACGUUCUUUGGACAUGAUGCGAGUUAGAGCAACAGAUCCCCGACCCUGUCCAAAAUGUGGUAAAAUAUAUAGAUCAGCACAUACAUUGAGAACGCAUUUGGAAGAUAAACACACAAUCUGCCCAGGAUAUAGAUGUGUUCUAUGUGGAACAGUAGCCAAGUCGAGGAAUUCCUUACAUUCACACAUGUCCAGACAACAUAGAGGAAUAAGCACAAAAGAUCUUCCAGUGGUGCCAAUGCCUGCACCUUUUGAUCCAGAACUUGCCAGCAAACUGUUAGCCAAAGCGGGAGUGAAAAUCAGCGCUGCUGAGCUGAGGGCUAGAGCUUCACCAACAGGACCUCGUAGAUCAGAUGUCAAGUUAGAUGCAAAGAGUGCUUUUUCUGGUGGAGCUUCUGAAGGUGGAAGCUCAAUAUGCGGCGAUAACGAUCCUGAAGACUUAACAAUGUCAAGCAGGUAUGGUGGAAUGGAUCUAGGAAUAUCUCCACCUUUAAAUCAUCAUAAUAGUUAUAAAUACAAUAGGUUCAGCUCCGCUGGACAAGCUGUUGCUGCCAAAAGUAUAGAUUCAAUUGCUCAAAAUAUGUCCAAAGAGCCUUACCCAGGACCAUUACCCCCUCCAGUGUCUGGAGCAAAUACCACAGGAUCUGCCAUUUUGGAUACAUACCUUCAGUUUAUUACGGAGAACAGUUUAGGUAUGGGCAUGAUGUCUGAGCAGGCCGCUGCUGCAGUUCAUGCCGCCAAAUUGGCCCAAUUUAAUGCCAUGGGAUUAGACAAAGCCUCCCAACAUCAUUUCCUUGAGAAGAUGCAACAGCAGAUGCAGACUGCCAAUGAUUAUCUCAUGAAGAGGAAUGAUGAUAUCAGGAGAAAUGAGAGUGAUAUCAAGAUGGAGAACAGAGAUGAAGGAGAAUCUUCAGGUGGUGAAGAUGACGAUUAUAGUGAUGAAGAAGCUGAACCCGAACAAUUAAAAGCAGCGGAUUAGUGGCGAACAAAAAACAGGGAUAACUAUCAAACUGUGAAUAAUUCAAUCACGUGAAUCUUUUAAUUCCAUCCAUCUACCUCAGUAAAAAGCAUACUUUCCUCAUUUUUGCGAAGGAACAAUACAAUUUCGCAUAAGUAUUGAUCUAUAUUCAUUCUAUAAAUUAGGAUAUUCGAAAAUUCCAUCCGUCUACCUCAAAAGUAGUUUAUUGUAGAAAAAACAAGAUAAUAAAAAAUAGGGUUUUAACAUGUAUACGGUAUAUAAGAAAUAGUGUUUACUAGUUGAAAAUAUGAUAUUAAAAUACUACUUUUUUGAAAUAAUUUCGAAAAGUUUCAGAUUAUUGCAUUGUUUUAAGUGUAGCUUAGUACUUCUCUACAAAGAAAAUUGUCCAAAAUGAUAAUUAUGUCUGAAAAUAGUUGACAUAUAUUUCAAAUUAAGCCAUAAUUACAUACUGGAGACAAAAAUUCGCUUACAAAAAAACAUCCAAAGGCAAGGUGUUGUUUAACAACUUAAGAUAUGAUUGUACCUAUUUAAUGUUACAAAAUAUCGAUAGAGCUUUAUUCUACAGUUUUUCAUGUAUACAAAUUCUCCACAUUCAGGUGAAAAUCGUACAAAUCAUUUUGCCUUUGGUGUCAUAUAAUAUUUUUCUAUUUGAAUUUAAUAAUAUAAAUUUAUUAUUUUUGUAACGAGUUCCAUAAUGCUUUCUUAAAAUUGAGCAAUUCAAAAUCUGAUACAAUCAGUCUAUUGAUAAUCAAACUUUCUGAUUACUAAUACUUCGUAUUCUCUUUCUCAGGUUUGAAAUACUCUGAUGAAUAUUGAAUUUGAAGAAUUAAUUAUUUUUUCAAGACUUCUUCUCAGUUUUUUAUAUUAUCAUUUCAAUAUAGAGAGCGAUAAUAUCCUUUUUCAUUUUUGUCAUUUGAUAUUCGUCAGAGUUUAUGUCAUAUAUCAUCAAAGUACAAAAAUACCGUAUCACAUCUACCUAAACUGCAGGGAUAGAAAGAAAUUUACUCUAUAUUUGAUCAUUGUGUUUAUCGCUAAAAGAUCGAGGUUAAGUUAGAAGUCUACAAUUUUCAAGAUAGUGAUAUAUUUCAGGUACUUAAAAUAUCAGAUUUUUUAAAUGUUUUUAUUAUUGAAAAAUCUUUUGUUACUUAUUUUCGAAGUUUUUAAUGAUGCUUCUUAAUGAAAUGAACACUUCCAUAUUACCACUUCCUCAAAUUCAGCCAAGACUGGCGGUACUGAAAUAUUUUUAGAUAAAUUUCUAUUCAUAUUGUCAGUGUUUUGUUCUGAGCAAAGUAAUUUUCAAGUUCUUCCAUUACAAAGAAAUAUUCAUAAUUCAAGUUGAAAGUUAAAAAGUGUUUAUAAUGGAUGAUAUUGUUUUUAUUUUUGCUAUUGUUUGCUUGUAUAGAGUUGUCACAACUCUGUACGAGAAGUCUCCAAAUUGUUGUAUACUUAAAUCCAAAUGAAUGAAAAUAUUCAGGAUAGGAAGGUCACAUCAAGAUAUGUAAAGUCCUUUCAUUCAAGACUUGAAAUAAGUAGAGUGAAAAUUAUUAUUGAUUUUCUUUCAAAUAUUGGUAUCUGAUGGUUAUAUAAUCCAGAUGUUUAUUUUCAUUCAUUUGAAAAAAGUCGGCUGUGCUGACCAAGUAAAUAAUAUUCGUUGGUAUACUUAUUGUUAAAUGUUAGGCAGUUCUUGCUUGAUUACUGGGAAAUAAGCAUUUGAAAUAAAUACCUAGAUAGUUUUAGGGCACGCACAUGUAAAAAGAGGUACUUGUUAAUUAAUGUUUAAGUAUUAUAAUUCGAGUACUUAACUGUUCUGUUAUGAGAACUGCAUGAAAUUCCAGUAACUUGUAAGAGUUGGUAGUUUGAAUGUUAAAACAACCCAGUGGUAACUGAUAGAAGUCUACUCGUUUGUAAAGUUACAAACCACAUUCAAUGUGUGAACCAGUGAAUUAACUAAUGCUUGAGGACCUGGGAAGUACACUUUAUUCGACUAUCAGGAACAUUCAAAUAUAAAAUACUCAGAAGUUUCAAAACCAUUCACAGUCUCCUAUUUCUAAGGAAAGGGGAACAAAUUGAAACGAUUAUGAUGUUGCUUGUAUAAAUAACAUACAGUUCGAAAUGACCGUAAAUACUCGACAGAAUAUACAAAAGUGGUUAUAUUUUUAGUGGUGCUUUCUGUCUUUGUGAAGUACCUAGUUACUUUGAAGGGAUUAUUAUUGUAAAUAUUGUAGUUCUUAUUACUUGUUGGCAAGUUAUAGUUUUCUGAGUUAUGAGUAUUGUCUUUGUAUAUAUAUUUAUAGUGUCGACAUAAAUGCAAAUAAGUGAAUAUAGUUUUAAGAUUAUACAAUUUUACAUUGCAGUUUUCAAAAGUACAUGCUCAAACCCUUCUAGGAUAUCAUUAGUCUGUAUAAUCUUAUACAGUAUUUGUAGGCUCAGUCAGAUAUUUUUCAUUUCAGUAAUAAUCAAUAGUUGAAGCAAUAAGUCAUCAAACUGCAAUGUAAAUAUUACUUUGUGAUGUUUAGUUUUGAUAUUAUGUUUUUAAACAGCCUACCUCAAUAAGGUGAAGAUAAUAUAUUCAUAUAUUAUCUUUACACUACAGAUCAGUUAUAUACCUCAUAACAGACCUCCUCAUGUUUUAAAAGACAUAUACAGAUCUCCAAUUUAUAUAGAACAUUUUUCUUAUACAAUACUGAAAACAGAAUAUCAAAAAACUUAUUCAAUAUGGUUAUAGUUUGUACAGAUGUUUCGUAUAGGAAUUGCGUAGAAUGGGACACUCGGCGAGCUUUUUGUUUGUGCAGUGCCAUAUUUUAAUUUCAUCAGUGCAAGUUGAAAUGCUUAGAAACGAAAGGAAUUUCUACUUAAUUUUCGCUAACUUCAAAUUCUUGAGUGGAGUAUGAAAAUGAGUAUUCUCAGAAAUUUGAGUUGAAAACAAAGUAAAUUUGAAAGUAUAGAAUCUCUCCCCGAUUGUGAAAUAUAGCAAAUAUUUAAAUAUAUAUUCUUCAAUUCGAAUAAGUUUUCAAAGCAAUCUUUUGAGAAUAUUCUUACAAGAAAUGCAAAUAACAUGGUUCCUAUUAUUUUGAAAACGGUACCUUGACAACAUUUCAUUUCUUGACAGAAUAUAUUCAGUUCUCAAAAAUAUAAAAGCGUAUCUGUAUAGUUUUUGUUGAGGUACUGGGUGCCUUUACUAACAGCUCUCUUGGAAAUUUUCCAUUAGCAGCUGAACAGAGUUCCUAAAGACCUCCAUAAAGAGGUGAAAUAUUGCAAAAACAUGUAACUUUUAUAUAGCAUAGAACAAACCAAUUAACCAUCAGAAUAUAGUUUUGCUAUUGGGCAGAAUCAUAUAUGAUAUAUUAAUACAAAGAAUAGACGUAAAUGUGAAAAUUUAGUACUUAAAAUAGACAGAUAUGAACUGGUAGAACUUGCAAUGGUUUCCAUAUUUUUCUUUAUUAUUUGCAUUUCUUUUAUAAAGUUGUGUUGUACUUAAAAGUUUAUUUAACAUUUUUCUCGUUUUGUAUUUAUAUUUUCUGUCUCCUUCAAAAUGUUCCUCAUUUGACGUUAGGAUUAUAAUUUUAUGAUGUUUGUUUUUUUAUUGAGUUUAGAGGUAGGUGCAAUAAAUUGAGCAACAUGUAUUGUUGUUGAAGAAUACCUAUUUGCCAUAUAAUUAUAUUAAUACAUUGUGUAUGCUUGGUAUGAUUUUCUAUAUAAUAAACAUUAAAACUAA